AUAACACUCACCACACAACCUCGAGAGAGCGAUUCUCUGAAACACUCUUUACUGUCAUCCGCUGGCUCUCGGCUUUAUUCAAUUUGCAAGAUGCUUUGACUCGCAGCAGAUUCAUUUGAGACGGAUCAUUCAUCCCUUGUUUCGCCUGUCAGUAAAAGCUAUUCAUCUGCAGAGGACUGUGCGAGUAUUCAUAGAUCAGAAGAAAAGGACACAAACGCACUGUUGUAUCUUUAGUGCAGGAUGGCUGAAGUCAGCGCAGAAUGCAACAUCAGGGUGUUGUGUCGCUUCAGACCUCUGAACCAGUCCGAAAUCCUCCGAGGGGACAAAUAUAUCCCCACAUUUCACGGAGAUGACACUGUCAUCAUCGGGGGGAAGCCGUAUGUUUUUGACAAAGUCUUUCCCACGAAUUGCACGCAGGAGCAGGUGUACAACACGUGUGCCAAACAGAUCGUCAAAGAUGUUCUGGACGGUUAUAACGGCACCAUCUUUGCGUACGGACAGACGUCGUCCGGUAAAACCUACACUAUGGAGGGAAAACUGCACGAUCCUGACAAAAGAGGAAUCAUCCCGAGGAUCGCUGAAGACAUUUUCAACCACAUUUACACCAUGGACGAAAACCUCGAGUUCCACAUUAAGGUUUCCUAUUUUGAAGUCUACAUGGAUAAAAUUCGUGACCUACUUGACGUGAGUAAGACAAACCUGUCCGUGCAUGAAGACAAGAACCGAGUUCCCUAUGUGAAGGGUUGUACUGAACGUUUUGUCUCCAGUCCUGAAGAAGUGAUGGAUGUUAUUGAUGAAGGCAAAUCCAACCGCCACGUCGCUGUUACAAAUAUGAAUGAGCACAGCUCCAGGAGCCACAGCAUAUUCCUCAUCAACAUCAAGCAGGAGCACGUGGAGACCGAGCAGAAACUCUGUGGAAAACUCUACCUGGUGGAUCUGGCCGGGAGCGAGAAGGUGAGUAAGACAGGUGCGGAGGGAGCCGUCCUGGAUGAAGCCAAGAACAUCAACAAGUCUCUGUCUGCGCUGGGGAACGUCAUAUCAGCUCUGGCUGAAGGAACCAAGACUCAUGUGCCAUACCGAGACAGUAAGAUGACGCGGAUCCUGCAGGACUCUCUGGGAGGAAACUGCAGAACCACCAUGUUCAUCUGCUGCUCACCUUCAGCCUUCAACGAUGCCGAGACCAAAUCCACCCUGAUGUUCGGACAACGAGCAAAGACCAUCAAGAACACGGCGUCUGUGAACCUGGAGCUGACAGCAGAGCAGUGGAAGAGGAAAUAUGAGAAAGCGAAAGAGAAGAACAAGAACCUGAAAGAGAACAUCCAGAGACUGGAGGCAGAGCUUAACCGCUGGCGUAACGGUGAAUCUGUCACGCCGCUGGAUCUCAUGGCUGUGAUUCCUGUCGAAUCUGAUGUCAGUGAAGAUGCAGCUUUAGACAAUCUGAGCCUCGGCGUGUGUGAGCGAAUCCCAGAAGAACACAAGCUCAAAUAUGAGGAAGAUAUACGCAAACUCUACAAACAGCUCGACGACAAGGACGAUGAGAUUAAUUUACAGUGUCAGCUGGUGGAAAAACUGAAGGAGCAAAUGCUGGAUCAAGAAGAGCUGCUAGCAUCGUCGCUUGGAGACAGUGAGCGCGUGCAGUGCGAUUUGAGUCGUCUUCAAGCGGACAGUGACAGCGCGAAGGCCGAGGUGAAGGAGGUUCUGCAGGCGCUGGAGGAACUUGCUCUGAACUACGACCAGAAGAGUCAGGAGGCCGAAGACAUGAGAAUCCAUAACAGACGCCUCAUCGAGAAGCUGUCGCACAAAACUUCGGAUCUGAUGUGUUUGGAGGCGGAGUUUUCCCGGCUACAGGAAGUGAGCAGCAAGCAGAGGAAGUGCAUCACUGAGGUGUUAAACACUCUGAUGAAGGAUCUCAACAACUUCAGCUUAAUACUGGGAAACAGCGACCUCAGACUGCAUGAAGCGAAGAUCCGCUCUCUGACUGAAUACAUGCAGAACAUGGAGCUCAAGAAACGGCAGCUGGAGAACAACUAUGACUGUCUGAGUGAAGAACUCACCAAACUACAGACCGCAGAAAGCGCUCAGGAUAAUUUGCUCGACACUGACGAGUCUGCAAACGUGAAGUCUCACAGAUCUGCGAAUGCUCAGCGUGAGCCGCAGCACAAGCAGCUCGGCCGUCUGCGCGACGACAUCAACCACAAACAGAAGACCAUCGACGAGCUCAAAGAGUCAGAAACCCUCACAGACGCUCUCCGAUUCACUCUCUGUGUGUGUGUGUGUGUGUGUGUGUGUGUGUCAUCGAUUUUCAACCGGAUGCAUCGUUACAUCCCGAGUACACACCUGACAGUGAAGGACUGUGUUUGCAGAUAUCUGCACGAGCGACAGGAGCAGACCAGGCAGGACAUGAAGGGUCUGGAGCAGACCGUCGCUCGUGAACUCCAGUCGCUCCACAACCUGAGGAAGCUGUUUGUUCAAGACCUCACGACUCGAGUCAAACGGAGCUCUGAGCUGGAGCGGGAUGACAGCGGAGGCUGUUCCACACAGAAACAGAAGAUCUCCUUUCUCGAGAACAACCUGGAACAGCUCACAAAAGUUCACAAGCAGGUCAGGAAGAACAAUCAGAUCCCGGAAAUCUGUUGCAUGCAAAAAAAAAUCUGUUUUCCACUAAUAAUGCAAUGUUAAUUGUAUUAUAAUAGCCUCAUUUACAUAACUAAAGGAUGUCAGAGA